AUCUUCAACUCUCUGUAUAUCGCAGAAUAUAUUAGCACCACAAAGAAGAAAAACAGUUUCUCAAGAGCAGUAUAUAUAGAUCUUUCAGAAGAAUUAAGGAGAUGGCAGACGAGGGAACAGCUACUUGCAUAGACAUCUUGUUGGCCAUCAUCUUGCCUCCGCUUGGUGUCUUCCUCAAGUUUGGCUGCGGGGUGGAGUUUUGGAUCUGCUUGCUUCUCACCUUCUUUGGCUACCUCCCUGGAAUUAUUUAUGCUAUCUACGCCAUCACCAAGUGAAGAUCCUGAUCUUAUCUGUUGUGGAGAGGCACAUAACCGUUUGAUUCAAUGAAAAGUCCCUUGUUGGUGUACAUCGAUCAAUACUUGGAAUAUUUAUUCUUCUUUCUUUCUUCAUAAUUGUGCGUCUUUUUUUUUUAAUUAAAUAAGAAAUGAUUUGUUGUGAAAGAGGUAAUUAAUUAGCAAUUGUUGUUGAGUGACAUUUGUGAGUAUGGGUACUUAAGACCGUAAUGGAUGGAUUUAAUUUUCUUGUUAA